AUGGCAUCAUCAAUCGGCUCAAGAAAUGGUACGAAAAAGAAGUAUUUAGUAUUUAUGGUGCAAGUCCAUACAAAUUUUAGGAGAGCAGAAUUAGAAUCUUUAGCGGAUCUAUACAACAUAAAAGACAUUAAUUUUGAUAAGUAUGAUGAUAAUAGUCCUUUCUUUUUUGUUGAAUUAGACAAUGAUCAGCAGGCAAAAGAUUGGAUUAAAAGAUCUAUCCUAACAAGAGCCAUUUAUGAAUACUGGGGCGAAGGUAAAACUUAUGAUGGAUUACAUGAGUCAAUCCAAUCGCAAUCGUUUUUCCCAGAAUAUAAAAAAUUGUACGAAAAUGAUUCCUUUAAAUUUGAAUUUGAUACUUACAGAGGAAAUAGUAAAAGUAAUAGAAUAAAACAAAUUGAAACAUUUUCAUACUUGGAAUUUAAGGGUAAGAUUGAUAUGAAGAAUCCAAAUCAAAUUUUUACUGUCAUUGAAGAAUAUAAACCAAUCUCAGAGAAUAUUCCAGCAAAGGAACCAAUUAAUCUAAUUUUCGGUAGAUUGAUACAGAAGGGGGAUCGUUUAGCCAUGGAAAAAUAUGAUUUAAAGAAAAGACCUUAUAAGGGAACAACAAGUUUUGAAGCUGAAUUAUCUUUAGUAAGUGCCAAUAUUGCUCAAGUCAAACCAGGCACUAUUAUGUAUGACCCCUUUGCUGGUACUGGCUCUUUUUUGACUGCAGGUGGUCAUUAUGGAGCAUUGGUUAUCGGAUCAGAUAUUGAUGGAAGAAUGAUCAGAGGUAAAGGUGCAUCACAAAAUAUAGGAGCUAAUUUUAAAUAUUAUGAGGAAAGUUCGAGAUUUUUGGAUGUCUUAACUAUGGAUUUUACACAUAAUUCUUUGAGAUCUAAUUUAUGUAUCGAUACAAUAUUAUGUGAUCCUCCUUAUGGAAUUAGAGAAAGUAUCAAAGUAUUAGGUGCUCGAGACCCGGAAAGAUUUGUAGGGAAAGAAAAUGUAGAAAUCGACGGUAAGAAAGCAUUUUUACAUCGUGACUAUAUUCCAACCAAGAAACCGUAUGCUUUGGAUGCUCUGUUGGAUGACAUUUUACAGUAUUCUGCGGAAAGGUUGCCUAUUGGUGGUAGAUUGGCCUUUUGGAUGCCAACAGCUAACGACGAAAAUAUUGAAACAAUUGUGCCGUUACAUUCUUGCCUUGAAUUGAAGUACAAUUGUACCCAAGAAUUCAACAAAUGGUCUAGAAGACUAUUAGUAUAUAUUAAUAGAGGUCCAGGAUUUGAUGGGCCUACGAAUAGCGGUAUCAAGCGGUCGACAACAGCAUUUAGAGACCGUUAUUUCAGUCAUUUUAGUUAA